UGUGUGCCGCGGUUAUGUGUGUGUGCGUUAUCUGCCGUGACCGAAAUUUUGUUGGUUAUGUGCCGUGUGUUCGUUUUUGAUUCACUGCCCAAUUCAUUCCGAAUUACAAAACGACGAUACCGCCGCCGACCGGAUAUAAACAUCAUUUUUAUUUUUAUUUUCAACGCUAUAACAUAAAAUCCGAUAUUGUCCAUCUAAACUUAGAAGGCGACUCUACACGGUAUUUAGGCAACACCCCAUGGGAUCCGUUGAUCGUAUGUCGUACAUAGUUUUCGAGUGCCGCCGCCGCCGGUCGUAAAUAUUAAUAACAAUAAUAAUUACAUUUUUACAACUAGCACACGACCACGGGACGUGUAACAAACACAAGUGUAUUGUAAACAUGUUAUGCGACCACUUCCGCAGUGAAUGGAUCGUCUUGGCAAAGCGGCAUUGUCGUUGAAUUACUACACUCGUCUACCAUUUUCUAGUCGAGAGCCAAGUAUUUUGUUUUCAGACUGAAACGGGGUUUUUUUGUUUUGUUAGUCGACUAAUCUAGUCUCUAGAUAAACUGCCGGUCAAGAUACUGUCGGCCGGCACACGCUUGCUUUAGAUGGCUGUUCGUCGCGGUGCAACUCAGUAACGCGCGCUGUCCACUUAUAGCUUACGCGACAUUCAUGGUGUUAUCGAUAGGCUUGCGAAAAUCAUGGGUAACUGGACCAGCUGUUGUUCGUACAAUAGCCCCAUACCGAGGCGCAAGGACGUCAACGGCGUGACCAACGAAUUCCCCAAAGAGGGCGAAGAGAGCGUCGGCAACCUACAGCACAUCAGCGAACGCGAACAGGACGAUUGGAACACCGACCCGUCCUGCCACCCGAAAGUAGCGACCAUCUUUUUGGAACGGUCCAAAGUUGAGAAUGGCUUAACGAGAAAACAAAGUCAAUCGCAGAUUGUCGACUUCCGAUCUCUGAAAAAAAGUAGUUCAUGUUCGACCAUUUAUUUGGACGAUAGUACAGUGUCUCAACCUAAUCUUAAGAAUACAGUCAAAUGCGUAGCACUCGCUAUUUACUACCAUAUAAAAAAUAGAACAUCCGAGAGACAAAUCAAUAUUUUUGAUGAAAAAUCACAUCCCUUAACGAGAGAACGUGUACCUGAUAAUUACGAUAUUCAAAGUCCAGAACACCGCCAAAUCUAUAAAUUUGUUCGGACGUUGUUUAACGCUGCACAACUGACUGCCGAAUGUGCGAUUGUCACACUUGUUUAUUUAGAAAGAUUGCUGACGUAUGCUGAAAUUGACAUAACGCCUGCCAAUUGGAAAAGAAUUGUACUCGGAGCUAUUUUAUUAGCAUCAAAAGUGUGGGAUGACCAAGCCGUAUGGAAUGUCGACUAUUGUCAAAUUCUCAAAGAUAUUACGGUUGAAGACAUGAACGAAUUGGAACGUCAAUUCCUCGAAAUGCUCCAGUUCAACAUUAACGUUCCGUCCAGCGUGUACGCCAAGUACUAUUUUGACCUUCGUUCGUUGGCCGAAGACAACGAACUAACAUUCCCCGCGGAACCGUUGAGCAAAGAAAGAGCGAAGAAACUUGAAGCCAUGUCGCGUGUGUUUGAGGAUAAGAUAACAGCAGAGUUUUUGAAGAACGGCAUCAAGAAGUGGUCCAGUCUGGACAACGUAAGCAGUCAGGCAGUGACGCGAAAGAGCGCCGCUAUUUUGUCCUAAACAAGCACAAUACUACUUUUCCUACUGCUGCGACAAAGGCCGAUUUGACUUCACCGAAUUUGUGAUCGUAAUCAUAGGUGUAAUACUAUAAAUACAUAUUGUUACAAAAGGUGUACUAAUUCUAUAUGCCUUUGCUAGAUUCUUCUUUUUUUCCUCAGUCUAAAACAAUUGUCAUCAAAGUCUAAUUUAUUAUCAUUAUUUUUAUUAUUAUUAUUUAAGUGUUUUAUUUAUGUGGUGUUUUCGUUAGAUCCAAAACAUCUAUUCAUUAUUAUUAUCAUUUAAAUAGUUUACUAUUCAUUACUUCUAAAUUUUUUAAUAUUAAUCAAAAACGACCAAUCAAUUUUAGUAUUUAGUACAAUCGUCGUACGGCAAUAGUUAUCGAAAGCAAUUUAGCGAUCCUAACUAUUGUUGUUCGCUCGAUUAAUCGCCAUAAUAUUAGUUAUCUAGACGCAUGCGCGCGUACCUACCGUAUCGACGGUAGAAUGUCAAUUCAAUUUUCAAGAAAACUGAAGAUUUAUUUAAUUUGUGACUCUUUAAUUUAUUUAAUUAAAUAACUUAUAUGUAUAGAAUUCUCAAGAACAUUUAAAUUGAAUGU